AAAAUGUCUUCCCUUAGCUUUGUUACAUAUGAUGAACUAAUAGGAAUUUUUCAAUCAAAAAACACUUAUAUCUAGUUUCAGAAAGAGUAUACUAAAGAAUGGUAAGAGUCUGAGAUCGUAAAAUUUAAAAGAUUCAUGAGAAGAAAUAAAAAAAUUAAGAAAGACAAAGUGUUCUUCUAAUAUCAAUCCUAAUUCAUUCAAACUAAAAGUUAUCAGCAAUGUAGAAAAUUUUUAAGAGAUUAUAUACGAAAAGUGUUAGAUAAACAUAGAUAUGAAAUACUUAAAAAUCAUGAAAUACUAUAUUGUUUUGGACCUUUGCAUCCUAAUUUUGAAGUUGUGGAGACAGAAAAUAGAAUCAAAAUGAGAAGAAUAAAAGAACAAUCCAUAGAUUAGAAUAAUAAAGAUGAAGAUAAAGCAUCCAUUACAACUUCAUAAUGACUUUAAUAUUCUUAUAUAUAAUAUAUUCCCG